AUGGGGAAGUUUGAAGUGUUGUAUCUGUAUUUCAUUUUGCAGAUAGGAGGAGGAUUUACCUCAGGUGUCCCUGUGACCAGCUGUGAGGCGUGUCAUCCUGAAGCCACCUGCCUGAGGCGUGAGGAGAGAAGAGAAACGUUACCCACCACCACCGUCUCCUGCCAGUGCAAAGAUGGAUUUGUUGGCGACGGCGUCAACUGUUACGAAGUGAAAGAAUGUGGGGGUGACUCCUCUUGCUGUAGCGCAGGUUACAAAUGGUCCCCUAAAGAGGGCUGUGUGGAUGUAGACGAGUGCUCUCUCAAGCCGUCCCCCUGUGCUGCAUCUCAGAUCUGCAGAAACACACAGGGCUCCUUUGAAUGUUCUGUAAAUCCUGCUCUGCGCACAGGAGCAAGUCCCUUUGUGAACGCUGUGCGUUUGGCCAAUGGGGGAAACAGCUCUUGCUCUGGACGGGUGGAGAUAUUCCAGCGGGGGCAGUGGGGCACCGUGUGUGAUGAUCACUGGGACCUGAUGGAUGCCCAGGUGGUCUGUAGGCAGCUGGGGUGUGGCAGGGUGCUCUCUGCUCCUAUGCAGGCUCACUUUGGACAAGGCACUGGUCCCAUUUGGAUGGAAGAUGUGGCGUGUACAGGAUCAGAGCAUAAACUCUCUCAGUGUCGUCACAGAGGUGUGGGUGUUCAUAACUGUGGUCACAAUGAAGACGCUGGUGUGGUCUGUGAAGCCCUGUCUCCGGUGCGGCUGGUGAACUCUGCAGACCGCUGCUCGGGCAGAGUGGAGGUGUUCCACAACAGGCAGUGGGGCACAGUGUGUGACGAUUCCUGGGACCUGAAUGAUGCCAAUGUAGUAGUUCAGAACGACAUAGUGUGGUAUGAGGUCGUGCCACGAGUAGGAGUCUGUGGAAACACCAGGAGGACCAACAGCACACACGUCAUCUACACCAACAGCUUAUUCCUCUAUGCUCACAAUGAUUCCUUCCAUGUCCCCGCAAGUCUCCCCUUCUCCUGUGUGUAUCCUCUGGAGGUAGACACCAGACUCGAUGCUGCUCUCAGACCUUUACUUGUCAGUCUGCCUGUGGGCCAGCCGCUGUACGUUGGAGCCAUUGUGGAGGAGAACGAUCUCAAUUUAGCGACGGUUCUGGAAAACUGCUACGGCACAUUCUCCUCCGACCCAAAUGACCCAACAAGACAUCCUCUCAUCCAAAACAAGUGUUCCUCUAACCCUCAGCAAGUGUUGGUGGUAGAAAGUGGCACUUCUCUUCGUGCUCGCUUCUCUGCCCUGUUCUUUGUACCUGGGGGUCAGUACAGAAGCAUCUACCUACACUGCCACCUGAAGCUGUGCAGCCCUGGCCCCUGUGUCCCGGUUUGCCCGGGUAGGGCUCGGCGCUCAGUUUCUGAAGGCGUUACAAUCCAGCCCGUCACCAUUGGACCAAUCACAUGGGGAGAUAACUGA